CUUUGACUGUGUGUGUGAGAGAGAGAGAGCGAGAGAGCCAAGUGUGAAAUGCGAUGUAGUGACCUAAUUUCUCUACGUGUGAAAGAAAAGUUCUAAUAUGAAAUAUUCACACACGUAAUUUGUAAUCAAAUUCGGGGUAAUUAACAGUACAGUCGAUGCACCCCCAUUCGAUAAAUAAGAGUAACAGAGAGCUCGGUGAGGUAAGUGAAGUGGUUUACUUUACUUAGAAUUUUGACAUUUAAGAAAAACCAAAGAACAGGACGUGUUCAUCGUGUUUCACGCUUACUUGAGCUCUAAACUUGAGAUGUGCUGGGGACGACUUCCCUAUGUUGUUAGCAGUGCAGGAUCGUGCGUGGGUGUGCAUGCCAACGACCACCUGCUAUUAAGAACACGUUAUCCUCACGACAAUAUUUGAUAAAUUCAUAAUAUUAUUAAUAUUACUGUGGACUCAGAUUCAGCGUAAUGCAUGUGACUGUGUUGUAAUAUGUUUCUCAUUUCUACGGGCGGCAGACCUUUAACUUUAAUAUACUUAUAUUAUAGGGCCUACUUGUAUUGGAAGGAUACACUUUUAUUUAAGUAUUUAAGUGUAGUGGUUGUGGUAGUUAUUCUUUGUUUAAAGGCCUAUAUUAACUAUGACGCUACAUUUCUACUCGGCUGUUACUUUGCCCUACCCAUUUCUUGGCCCACCAGGUCAUCACUGUAACUGUAGUCUGUAGGAGUAGGAUGUAAAGUUACAGUACGUUCACUCUUCUAAUCACCACUGCCCUAUCCUAUCGCCUGGUGUUAUAAUGAAAGGGAAACUGGUUUGUUUUGGUUAUUUUGUUGAUUCUGACACAUUUGGGACAGACGUGCUACCGCGCUUGCCUUCUCACGAUAAAUCUGUGGGUUUGUUGUGAAGUCCUGGAUUAGUGUGCUACGCAGCAUGUUCAUGAUUACUGUUAGUUAGUAGGCUACUAUUAGUGUUAGACUGUUAGACCCGAUGGGGGUCACAAUCUUAUCUUCUGAUUCAAAUAAUCAAAGUCAAAGGCUUGUUUAAAGUUAAAGUAGUAGUAGGCAAGUAGGCCUAUAAUUGCGUACAUAUGUGACUCUAUCAAUUCUAUAAAUCUAUUAUUAUAUACCAUAUGUUGAUUUAUUUUAUAAAAUAAAACAGUAGGCAUACAUAGGAUCCGUGGCAUAAUUAAUAAUUUAUGUCCAAGUUAUGUAAAAAGUCUAACCAAUAAUUGUAAUAGUAGAUUUUUUAUCUUAUUAAUUAAAUAUUUGUAUCAUAUAUUGUUUUAAUUCUAAAUAUUUAAACAGUUAUAAGAUUUGUUAGUAGGGUAGUAUGACUGUUAUGGUAGUAUGACUGUUAUGGUAGUAGGACUGUUAUGGUAGUAGAACUGUUCUGGUAGUAGGCUGCAACUGUUCUGGUAGUACAAAUGUUUUGGUAGUAAAAAUGAACUGGUAGUACCAUUGUAAGAAUAGUACCACUGUACUGGUAGUACCUUCGUACUGGUAGUACAAAUGACUGGUAGUGUCACUGUAGGAAUAGUACCAUUGUUCUGGUGUACAACUGUACCGAUAAUACCUGUACCAGUGUUUUUGUAGUACCACUGCACUGGCAGUGAAGAAGCUAAGAUGCUUAGAACCAAUACAAAUCAAUGUAGAUCUGUCCAAAUCAAUGAAGGCAGCUAAUUUACUUAUUGAUUCCUGUCAUGUGAAAAAAUAACAGUUUUAUUAAACAGGCAAUAAGUAUAAAUAUAAUGUAGAUAGUGUAUUGGCUUAAUAUCAACCUAGUGAUAUAAUCAAAACUGUUCUAAUUCUGGCUCUUACAAUGCCUAACAAAUGUGUUAUCAUAUUAUCAUUGAUUACAAGAGAGACCACCUGCACGUAGCGCCUUACAUCACAACAAAUUGUUUAAUAAGAGAUGACAAAAGUGAACUUGCUAAAUUUUAACAUUUAUUUUAACAGCUAAACAAAGGGAAGGCAUUAUCAAGUCUUCAGUAUUUAAAAAUUCAAUAGAAUAAAUAUAAUUAAAUUUGGUUAUCACAUUUAUUAUGAUAAUCUGUUGUUCUUGUUCUGUUCUUACACCUAUUAACGGCUGGGCAUGAUACUCUUAUCUUUUCCAUACAAGCUAAUAAUUUUAUCUUGUUUAUUUUGAAACUGAAAUUAUUUAUUUAUUGUUCAAGUUAUGAUGUUGAAUAACAAUAGAAAUUUUCCAAUAUCUCUCAGGAAUUAGGCUGCGGAAGUUACGGACAGUGGCAACAAAUAAUCACCAAGAAGUAAAAAAUGUAAGUUUGAAAAACUAAAAUGAUCUCUCAUCUGAUCAGCCUUUCCUUAAUGUAUAUGUUUGAAUGGAAAGUGUGCUAAGUGAAAGACUUUCUGAAAGUUAUCACAUUGAUCUCUUUCUUCUUUGUAAUAUAUAUAACUUUUGAAUGUUAUUUUUGUUCAAAAAAUUUUUUUUUAAUGUGGGUUGAAAAAUGUUGUUAGUUACUGGGGGGGGGGGGCAUCCCCCACAACAACCCUGAAUAUGUCAUGGCUGAUCUAACUGUUGUAAAGAAUAAUAUUAACAUACACAUAUUUUUAUAAGUGUAAAAACAUAAUUUAGUCUAAUUCAUUUAGUUCAGUGGCAGGGUAUUUUAUGGGUGGGUGAGGAGGGGAGCACUAUGUACCUCACAUGCCCUGACCUAGGGCACUUUAUAAUGUUACAUUGCAUGCCCUCUCCUGGAGGGUACUACAUCACAUGCCCUGUACAUUUUCACCUAACAGUUCAAACACACAGAAGUAAUUUAUCAUGUUGGCUUACAUAUUAUAUGUUAUGCUAUGUAUUGCUUUUUUUAAGCAUUAGUAAAAUGGUUUCUCUAUGACCAUAUUAUGCAAACAUUGUUUACUGGAUUCUCAACUCCACCUCCCCUUGCAUUGUCUGAGACAUACACUUCAUCUCCCCUUGCAUAUCUGAGUCAUGACCAGAUAAAUGAAAAGUACAAGGACGAACACUCACAAAAUUGUUAACAUUUUACACAAUCACUGCAAUCCUUUUCACAUCACGUAGGAGGCCAGGGCUGCACCCUCUCGCGUCACUUUAUCAGAUAAUUAGAUUGCUCAAGUGGUAAAAAAACUUUGACUUGUAGUAAAAUUUCACAAAUGCCAAGAACAUGCCACAGGUACACUUGUGUUGACAGGUCCUGAUGUAGGACUAAGAACAUGCUUGGUCCAUGAUGGCCAACAUUUGAUGUUACCCGAAUGACCAACAUUUGAUGUUUCCUGUGUGGCCAACAUUUGAUGUUAUCUAGUGGCCAACAUUUGAUGUUACCUACAUGGCCAAAAUUUUGGUGUUACCUGUGUGGUCAACCUUUGGUGUUACCAAUGUGGCCAACAUUUGGUGUUACACGUGUGGCCAACAUUUGAUGUUAUCUGUGUGGCCAACAUUUGAUGUUACCCGUGUGGCCGACAUUUGAUGUUACCCAUGUGGCAGACAUUUGGUGUUACCCAUGUGGCAGACAUUUGGUGUUACCCUUGUGGCCAACAUUUGAUGUUACCUGUGUGGCCAACAUUUGAUGUUACCCGUGUGGCCGACAUUUGAUGUUACCCGUGUGGCCGACAUUUGGUGUUACCCAUGUGGCCAACAUUUGAUGUUACCUGUGUGGCCGACAUUUGAUGUUACCCGUGUGGCCAACAUUUGGUGUUACCCGUGUGGCCAACAUUUGAUGUUACCUGUGUGGCCAACAUUUGAUUUUACCCGUGUGGCUGACAUUUGAUGUUACCCGUGUAGCCAACAUUUGGUGUUACCCGUGUGGCCAACAUUUGAUGUUACCUGUGUGGCCAACAUUUGAUAUUUCCUGUGUGCUGUCCUCUCUAGGGCAGUACUUAAAAGGAACUAAAUUGUCAUAUAGCCAUUUGCCAAAGAGCAUCCCCUUUCAUACCAAUAUCACGUAGCUAUUUGCCACAGAGCAUCCCCUUGCCUACCAAUAUCAUGUAGCCAUUUGCCACAUAGCAUCCCCUUGCCUACCAAUAUCGUGUAGCCAUUCGCCACAGAGCAUCCCCUUGCCUACCAAUAUCAUGUAGCCAUUCGCCACAUAGCAUCCCCUUGCCUACCAAUAUCAUGUAGCCAUUCGCCACAGAGCAUCCCCUUGCCAACCAAUAUGUAGCCAUUCGCCACAGAGCAUCCCCUUGCCUUCCAGUUUCAUGUAGCUAUUGAGCUUUAGAAAUUAAAGACGUUAUGGUUGGAAGUUUGAGAUUUAUGAUAUACUUAAGCAUUUAUUUAUGUUUUGUUAUCUGGAUAACUUCUUUUUAUUGAAAUUUUAUCUUUAAAAAUGGUUUUAAACAAAUCUCCUAUGUUCCCCAGGGCACCUGUUAUUGCUACGAUUCUGACCAACUUUGCCAACAUCGCCCUGAGAAGCCGUGUGAGGGAUGAUGAUGUCAUUGAUCAGUUGAAUCACUGGGCCACCGUUGGUUUACUUUUUGCUCUGGCCAUGGGUAUGUGACAGAUGUAAAGACUGGAAAUGAUCAUCAGUUAUAACAAUAAAACCAGCUAUAGCAAUAUAGGCCCUCUGAUUAUAAGCAUGGCUAGUCUUAGCAAUUUUGGCCCUCAAAUAUAAGCAUUUAUUUAGAUUUGGGUCCAUAUAUUAUGUGAGCAGACAUAUUUAUGUUUCACGGCCAAUAUGUUGCCUUGACGUUGAUGGUUACUCUGAUUGUCAUCUCUCUAGUGAAGUUCUCAGUACAAUUGAUUAACCUACUAGAACUAGGGAUAUGUUCAAGGGCUAUGUUCAAGAAAUGUGUUCAAGGGAUAUAUUCUAGGGAUAUGUUCCAGGGAUAUGUUCAAAGGGUAUGUUCAAGGGAUAUGUUCAAGGGAUAUGUUCUAGGGAUAUGUUGGACCAAGUAACGGUAAUGUACAGAACUGCAAAUGCUGCUUAUGCCCAGCCAUUCAAACUAUAUUUCAUUUUAAUCGUUAUUAUGGGUCUUUUCAAUUAGAAGUUUAGUUUCAUUAAAUGAGUUUCCAACCAGAUUUUUUUAGGGAACAGAUCAAAUAUGAGGUGUUGUUUAAUAUGAAUUAAUUUUUAUUAAAUUAAUUUUUAUUUUAUUUUAGGAGCUGGGGCUAAGCAGUACGUCGGUGAUCCCAUCCACUGUUGGGUUCCUGCCCAGUACACUAAGAAACACUUUCAGCAGUACUCUGACAGCUAUUGUUGGGUUUUUCCAAUGUACAACAUUCCGUUUGAUGAGCCCAUACCGUUUGCCCCAGAUGACAGGUAAAUAUCAGCCUGCUGAUCCUCUCUUUACUGUCCUACGUCCUAAAACAGUUUUAUAAGGUAAGUUGGAGGCCGAGCUGCAGUGACAUAAAUAGAACAAGCCAGUUUGAGUUGCCCUCACUUGGGUCAACAGAUCCACAAAAAAAAAAAAAAUGAAAUUCCUGUGUCAUUAUUUAUUUUAUUUAUUUUUUUUUUUAUUUUUUUUUUAUUUUUUUUUUUUUUUUUUUUUUUUUUUUUUUUUUUUUUUUUUUUUUUAACGUCCUAAAACAGUUUUAUAAGGUAAGUUGGAGGCCGAGCUGCAGUGACAUAAAUAGAACAAGCCAGUUUGAGUUGCCCUCAAUUGGGUCCACAGAUCCACAAAAAAAAAAAAAAAGGAAAUGCCAGUGUCAUUAUGAAUUUAAUUGAUGUAUUCAUUUAUUUCAUGUUAACAUAUUUUAUUUAUUUGUUUAUAUCCUCUUAUUAUUGUAUUUUGUCUAUCCGCUUAUUCUUUCAUUGUGUCUAUCUCUUUAUUCUUUUAUUGUUUCUAUCUUAUUAUUUUGUUUCUAUCUUAUUAUUUUAUUGCUUCUAUCUUAUUAUUUUAUUGCUUCUAUCUUAUUAUUUUAUUGUUUCUAUCUUAUUAUUUUAUUGUUUCUAUCUCAUUUUAUUGUUUCUAUCUUAUUAUUUUAUUGUUUCUAUCUUAUUAUUUUAUUGUUUAUAUCUUAUUAUUUUAUUGUUUAAAUCUUAUUAUUUUAUUGUUUAUAUCCUCUUAAUGUAAAUAAUUUAAGCUUGAAGAUUGCUAGGCUCAUACAAUUUUUUUUUUAAAAAUUACUUCUUGAACACACAAAUAGAAAUGGAUACCAAUAAUUAAAUUUAAUAGAAAAUUACAUCUGUGUUUCACUUGGGGGGUGGAGGUAAAGGGCUCUGGUUGAUUAUUGUUAACAAAUAAUGCGUACAUGUGUUUUAUUUAAAAGUGAAAGAUGCAAAAUGUGUAUUCUUUUUUCCGAGUUAUCUAAAUUACAUUUUGUCAGUCAUGCAGAACAACAUAGAAAAUAAAGAGUUAUGUGGAAAAAUAACUUUAGUGAAGCACUUGAUUAUAAACAAUGCUUACUGUUAACUAUUGGGCGUAAGCAGUUGUCAGCUAAUGUGUGCAGAUGUAGAUCAUUUAAGCAAGUAUAGAUCAUAUAAGCUGAUGUAGAUAACGCAAGCUGAUGUAGAUCACGCAAGCAGAGUAAUAUCAUGGAAAGAACAUGAGCAUACAAGAUAAAACAGACUGUUGAAAAAAACACACAAGAUCUUAUCAAUCUCUGUGAUUUGUUGAGGAUUUUCAUCCCAAAGCAAAGUUUCACAGUUAAAAGAUCUUCUAAAAUGAAUUGGAUAGUCUACGGCCCUGUCAAUCACCCAGUAUAAGGUCCUGUCAAUCACCCUGACCAUUAGUUUAGUAAUCUGCUAAAUAAUUGAAACCCAGCUCCCGGUACACGUUGAAAUGACCACUGCGUGGUUUUCCAAAGAACCUGACCCACUUUGUGACAGGCCUUCCCCAAAAGACAUUUCCAAUUCACUUUUACAGUAGAUAUUGAACUUGUAUUGUAUUUGUGAAGCCGAGAUUAACAUAUUAAAUCAUUUUUUCCCUUCUCUGAAUUUUUCCAAUUUUCAUCAUCUGGAUUUAAGUGAACGCAUUCCAUAUUCCUGCUUUUUAUCAACAACUUGGCAUACUCGGCCCCCGGCAUCAAUUAUCCAUAUGGCCAGUGAUGGCUUGCGUUUAGCACUGUGGAACUACAACACCCACUAUUUUCGCUCAAAUUAUUAUUAUUGACAUGAGUUAUGAUAUUUUCCUUUCUGUUUUUCUUUAAUACCAGAACACAAUAUUUAAUACUGUAACUCUGUACUUAGUGUACUUCAUAGUUCCAUUGAGGUUGUGUUAGGUUGUUCCACGCAUGCGCUACCUUUUAGAAGGAUUCACCAUUGGCUGGCUCUUCAAAGCAUUUCUCAUCCUGUUCAAAGUUUUAUUCCGGUCAGUGGCUUAGCUAGGGUUAUUUCCACCUGGGGCUGUACAGGAUUGGACAUGAAAAAAAUCUCUACGUUUGGCUGGUAGGGGCAGACCAUCCCCUCAGUAUCCCUAUCACUACGCCACUGAUUCCGGUGGUCCUUGUUUUGUUUUUUUUUUUGCACACAAAAACAAAAUAAUAUGCAUCCUAAUCAUAGCUACGAAACAAAUGAAAAAUUAAAUCGUAAUCUGUCGAGUUCAACACAAUAAUCAAAGGUUGUAGAAAUAUAGAAGUGAUAUUAAAUUUUAGUUUCAUAGUUUAAGUUAAAGAACUUGUAUAUAACCAAGAAAUAACCCGUGGAAUACCAUGUGGCACAGAACCACGGAGGACCACCCAUUACACAGACCACUCUGCUCUUUUUGCCCUCGAAUUCUGCUACCCUAACCCUGAUCUUUAUUGUCAUUCCAAAUCACUCUCCGAAUGUUUGAAUUGCUCUGUAAAAUAAAGAAUGAAAGGAUCUGUUUAUACGCAAUAAUUAAACAAAACUUGACAAACUCAUACAGUUUUUGUGAUUUUGUUUUUCAUUUGCCGGGUCCUUGGUAAUGUUCUGGAAUGCAGUAUUUCUAUUUGCAUUGAAAAUCCAUUGAAGGGUUUGUUGAUCUCCCUCGUCUCAACACUUAUUUUAUGACCACUUUCAUUAACAAAAUUACGCCAACUUUUGUUUUCUUCAUGUUCGACUUGUUCAUAUGACGCAAAAGAAAUCUCAUUUCCCUGGUUCCUCUAUUUAGUGUUACUUUCACAAAUUACAAACUUGUGAUGCAAAAAAAAAAAAGUGGGUAUUCCCACCGAGCAUUUUGGAUAGAAAGACAUGUCUGGGCUUUUCUUAUAUAUAAAUAUAAAUGUGUUCAUUUUUUUUUUUAGUUUAUUUUUUUAAUGUUUCAUGUUAUUUUUAUUUUCCCAAGUCUAGUAUUUUUAUUUUCCCAAGUCAGCAAGACUUUAAAUCUUCCAUUUUGCCCCAGUUGGCCUUUUUUUGUUAUGUCUGAGAAGCCUGUUUGGGGCACUCUGCUCCUGAGUAGUGUAAAUAUCCUUUGUUUAACCAAUGCUCAAUCCUGUUUGAGGACCAUUCCUUCCUUGCCAAAUGUUGGCUGUUUAAAGUAAAUACUCCUGUUGACAUGUGGGAAGUGGCCAACCUGUCAUGACAUUUCUGUCUCCAGGCUAGAAAUGUGAUUCUCAAAAUAUAAUGCAUUGGGACAUAUGUUGCAUUUUUACAUUGCAUAACACAGGCCAUCCGAAGAUUUCCAGUUAUAAAAAUGUUUCCUUGGGAAAGCCACUUAUCAUGAUUUUUCUAAUUUAAGAACAAAUUUAAUUUUAAAUUCAAUGACCUGAGAGAUGGCUAACACAGACCUCCCCUUUUUGCCAUGAAAGUGAACAGGUUUUUAUCCUGUUAUCUAUUUAUAGCAUUAAGCAGUGGUGGUACAUGCAUGUAUGUGUAGCCUACUGUAGGCUUGGUGAGAUUUGAUCUUGUACUGUGUAUCAGUGGUUCUCAAAAUUAAUCUGCAAUACCUUUAUUAUUUGGUAAAUAAGUGGUCAAAGAUCAGUUAUAUGUGGGAUGCACCAGCUUGAUAUUUUUAAAGUUUUUAGAUAAGCUAAAUGAUUUUUAAACACAAUUUGGACAAUCACUAGAUUUAAAAUGUAUGAAUCUCACUUUUGCAAACUUUUUUCAAUGGCUUAAGACUUCACUUUUGCAAACUUUUUUCAAUGGCUUAAGACUUCAAUUUUGCAAACUUUUUUCAAUGGCUUAAGACUUCACUUUUGCAAACUUUUUUCAAUGGCUUAAGACUUCACUUUUGCAAACUUUUUUCAAUGGCUUAAGACUUUACUUUUGCAAACUUUUUUCAAUGGCUUAAGACUUCACUUUUGCAAACUUUUUUCAAUGGCUUAAGACUUCACUUUUGCAAACUUUUUUCAAUGGCUUAAGACUUCUUAUUGCGCUGAAAUGUUAAGUGAAUUUCAGAUUUCAUGUAGAAAAAAAAAAAUCAUCAGCUGUUUGUCAUCUGUUUUGGAUAGACAAAGUCUGAUUGAAAGUCAACACAGAUUUUAAGUUUAAGUGACUCGGACCUAAAACAAAUUUGGCUUCAGUUUCUUGGAAAUCAGUUCUUCCAAACGUACAGCCUUGCUAAGCAAUAUUCCAUGAUGCACCUGAUCUCAAUACCAGUUCCUAGGACUUUAAAAAAAAAAAGAAUAAAUCAAUAUAAUUUUUCCUAUCAUGAUCUGCUUGUUUCAAAGGUGGCAUUAUGUACUAAACAUAUAUUUUUACUGUAACAAUAAAUUGUUUCCUUUCUCUUCUUCAGGUGGUACAAUCAAUAAAUUGUUUCCUUUCUCUUCUUCAGGCGGUACAAUGACAUCGGUUACUACAGGUGGGUGUUCAUUGUAUUUCUCCUCCAAGCUUUUCUCUUCAAGUUCCCACACAUGGUCUGGCAGCAGCUGAAGAACUACUCCGGUGUCAAUGUCUCCAAAAUUGUCGGCAUGGCCCUGGACACUUCUAUGCUGACGCAGGAAAAACGAGAUGAAAAAAUGGGUCACAUUGCCCAUUUCAUCGACCGAUGGCUGGUCACCUACUCCCAGUACCGGUACAACGCUCUCACGAACUUCAGAGAUAAAUUUUCUCGGGUCAUGUUUUGUUUUGGCAAACGAUCGGGCACUUACUUAAAUGGACUGUACAUGUUCGUGAAGCUGCUGUAUUUGGCCAAUGUCAUUGGUCAGUUUUUUCUCCUCUCCGCUUUUCUGGAUAUCAAUUUUUGGAUGUUCGGUAUUAAAGCCAUGGAGACGAUGGCCAAGAAGGGCAACUGGCAAGACCACUACACAUUCCCUCGUGUCGGCAUGUGCGACUACAAGAUAAGACAACUCCAGAAUCUGCAAACAUUCAGCGUCCAGUGCGUCUUGUCCAUCAACCUUUUCCUGGAGAAGAUGUACCUGAUUUUCUGGUUCUGGCUGGUCAUGCUGCUCGUUUUCAACUCGGUCAACCUCCUCCACUGGCUGCUCAGAGCCCUUGUCCCGCACACGGGUGAGAACUUUCUUUCCAAGUACCUCACUCUGCUGAACAUCAACACGAAAAAUGAGACGAAGAUAUUCAAAAGAUUUGUGUCCAAUUACCUGAGGACCGAUGGAGUCUUCAUGAUGAGGAUAGUGGCUGGGAACAUCGGGGACAUGCUGACACUGGACCUGGUCAGUCAGCUGUGGAAGAUGUACAAACAACACCACGGGCUAAAGGACAGUGAGGACGUGAACCAAAAUCUGGGUCCCAACGGUAAACCGGCCAGUCCGACGGCACCUGAGGUAGAGGACAACGAUGAUGACCUUCCGCCUAAGAAAUUCGACUAAGGCAAUGCCAUUAAUUUGAUCUCUUCUUUAAAUAAGCACAUGGCAAUAAAAAAAAAAACUUUUAAAAAUCAUAUCUUUCCAGUGGGGAGAUUAUGUUUAUACGUGAACAUAAGUGAGAGACACUUGUGUGCAUUGGAAUUUUUGUUUUCAAGAGAAAAUUUGUAGAGAAAUCAUCACACAGACUAUUUAAACAUUUUACUAAGUCAUCUAUUUUAUUUGUACAACUUUAUAUACUGAUUGUUUUAAAUGAUUACAUUUGUUAUAUAUGUUCAAUUUUUUUAUGCUUUUAAAAAUAUUUUUGAAGAUGUUGAUUUUUAUAAAGUUUGUUUUGAAUGCACAUGCUACUUAACUUAUGAAUUACUGUGAGUGGCCGGUAGAGGCUUAAGAAUUAGCUUACGGUGAAACACCGACAGUACCCAAUCCUAACACCGGUACAGUAAAAGAAUACUGGUACAGAUACAUUAAAAAUGUAAUUUUCAGUUCAGCCCAAUAUUAUUGCAAUGUUUUUUUUUUUUGCAUUAUUUCAUAAAAAAAUAAUGAGGAGGUGUGUUAAAAUUAGAACAAUGUUAAAAUGAUUCAUAUUUUAAAUUGGAAAUUUUUAUUUAAAGAAAUACCGGUAUUUAUCAAACUGAAAGGAUUCAAUAAAUUGUAAAUGAUUAUAUCACAGAAAACUAAUUAAAACAGGAAUUUAGCAAAGUAUGAAUCAAAAAAUAUAUACAUCCGAUAUUUGAACUUAAAAUGAUGAAGGUUUAAGCUAAUAUGAGAAAUCCUAUUCACAUUAUUUUGGUCAUAUAGUGAUCCUUAUUUGUUUCAUCAUUGGGCCGAGUAGCAUGGCUGAUAAUUUUAAUUUUACGACAGACUUAAAUGGAUGCAUUAUCCUGCCACGUAAACAAUUUAUUUUAGCAAAAAUCUGUCAUUUAUAUCAAGGAAUUUAAAUGAUGUGCCUGGCAUUAAUGUGGUUCUGUAUAAUUUCAUGAUUCUUGUCACAAUCUCCUUGAGAUUUCUUCAAAUAAUGUUGUUCAUUUUUAAAUUAAUCAACAAUGGGCAUUGCUAGACCUAUCCUUUUUUUCAUUUUACUGGUAUCUAAUACUGGUUUAUAUUUUUAGAAAAGAUUUAUUUUUGCUGGCAUUAUUAACAAAUCGUCCACAAUUUUUAAUUCAUUAUUUAAAAAAAAAAAAAUGCAUUUUUUUUUGUGAGCCAGGAUAGCUUAGUCAGAUGCAUUUUAAUCCAAUUAUAGGUUCAUUGCCAUCUUAGGACUUAAGAAGUUGAGUUUUAUUUUAUUACUCAGGGUUUACUUUCUUCUCAAGAAUUGUUGCAAUUCUGGGCAGACAUUUUCAUUCCACAUGGCUAUUUACCCAUACAUAUUGAAUAAUUUAAGUACUGACGAAUUAAAAAUGAGUUCGUUUUAUAAAUGAAUUAUAAACAAGUUUGUUUAAUAAACUUAAUCUGAUUAGUUAUUAGUAAGUGAUUUAGAAGUUGAUUUAAAAAAUUUUUUUUUUUGAAAAGGUUAUUCAGUCUCAUUCAACUUGCAAUUUUGUUUUCGGAGUCGCAGGCCCAUAUGCAGAACAUGAAAAACUCUAGACCCCUUGGAAAGCAUGGGGCUCUAGUAUAAUUAAUCAAUUUCUCAUUUUCAAUUGGCCAAUUGCGUAAUUGUUAUAAGUUAGAUAGGGGUGGGGGGGGGUAUGUUUACUUCAUCAAAAUAUCUUUGAAUAUUUUGGUAACAGGUUGUGAUAAGUGUCCAAGUCCUUUCUAUCUUUUUUCAUUUUUAGUCAUUGGUAAAUGAUCAUUUUCAUUUUGAUAUCACAACCAAUACAACCACAUUUUUGUGUCAUUUCAUCACAAAUUUAUCUAUCCAUCUCCAUCUUCUGUGUAUUAUGACAUGAGAAAAGUUAGAACUAUACUAUACAUUUAGAUUGAUGAGCAGAUCCAUCAUCAUAUCUUAGACAUGAGCUGAUACAUCAUCAUAUCUUAGACAUGAGCAGAUCCAUCAUCAUAUCUUAUACAUGUGAUUCUAAUUUAAAAGUAUUGCACGUGUGUAAUGGGGGUAAUGCCAUUGGGUAAAGGGUAAAGGUGUUGUUGCAUGAAGUUCUGAUGCCUCCAGCUCUUUUACUUGAAGUUCUGUUACGUGAAGUUCUGUUAUGUGAAGUUCUCUUACAUGAAGCUCUGUUAUGUGAAGUUCUACUAACGUAAAAUUUUGUAACUAAAAUAUUAAUCUGAGGUUCAGUUGGAGACUGAAAUAAAUAAAUGACGUAACAUUGUAACAUAACAUAAAAUUGAUCUACACGAUUACUGUUCAUUUUUUGUUCAAGAAUGAAAUCAAUCAAGCUCUACAGUGAUACAUAAUCUAUUUUUUGGACUGUUAUCAUUUAAGUGGUAGCUAUUUCAAUACUUCACAUUUUUCUCCUCCAGUGUUCUCUAAACUGUCAACGUCUGCAUAUGCUUAUACUGUGGUGCAAACUAUCUAAAGUUAUAUGGGCUAUUUUGAGAAGGUUAUAUUUUCAUUUAUAAACAAAAGAACAAAUCACCAAUGUACAAAAUAAUUACCGGUAUCUAAAGUCUUAAGUCGAACAUUAAAUUUGAUAUGUUGGACUAAAUUCUUAAGUCGAACAUUAAAUUGGAUAUGUUGGACUAAAUUCUUAAGUCGAACAUUAAAUUUGAUAUGUUGGACUAAAUUCUUAAGUCGAACAUUAAAUUUGAUAUGUUGGACUAAAUUCUUAAGUCGAACAUUAAAUUGGAUAUGUUGGACUAAAUUCUUAAGUCGAACAUUAAAUUGGAUAUUUUGAACUACAUUUGACCAAACAUCUGGAAUCUUAACCUUUUUUUUUUUUUCGCAUGAAUGGUCUUUUUUGCUUAAGAAAACAUUGCAAAAAAUAAUGUAUUUGCCCACAGUGACCUUAGGGGGCUUAUAGAUAGUCACUCUUAAUAAAUUCUCUUCUUUUAAUCAUAGAUCAAACCUUCCAAUCAAUGUUCAUUCCAAAAGUUACCAACAUCGACCCGUCAAACUGGUAGCUCUUUUUAAUAGUAUUCCAGUUUUAAAUCUUCUAAAAAAAAUUCCAGAUCACAUUUACAUUCAUUUAACCCUAAUUUUCUUGGUGAAAUUAAAUUAAACGUACCGGUACCGUACACGAACCUGUACAAGAAACAUUGUUCAUACUUUUGGACAUCAGAAAAUGUCUCAAAGUGGUUUUAAUAGAAAUGAUACUUAAGUGUCAGUGUUCAUUUCAAUAUCAUACUAAUAAAUUUCUCUGUAACAAAAUGUUUUACAAUGUGAAUAUUUCCUAAACCUUUACAUCCCAAAGAAGUGAUCAAAAAUAUGUCCUUAACUUUGUUACACUUUUGGAAUUUUUUAAUAUAAUUUUGUUAAAAUAAUUACUGUUUACACAUUUCCUUAGCAGCAAUGUUUUAUUAAUUAAUCAAAUUUUUAUAUUUCCUAAAAUACAUACUGUGACAUACAAAUGAUAAACACAUUCUGUGGCAGACAACUGAUAUUUUGUUGACGAUAACUGUAACAAUGGUGCUUUUUAAUCAAUUCUGUCAUGUCACACAGCAUUCCCUUUGUUUCUUGGCAUUAGUUUUGUAUCGUAUUCUCUAAGUCUAAGGGAGAUUGCUUUUGUAACAUUGAUUAUAUUGGACAGUUACGGUAUGUUACCCAUUCAUGAAUGUGCCUUCUAAUGUGGACCUUACAUGUUCAAAUGUAUAUGGCGUUUAAAUUAUUGCUCCAAUACAUUUCAAGUUUCUUGCUUUCUUUACAUCUUGUAUGUAAUAAUAAUAAUAAUGUCCUUUCACAAUGACCAAAUUAGUAAAAAAAAAAUUUGACAGGUUAAUACUUAAAGAAGAUUGGGGGGUGUGGGGGGUUCUAAUAAAUUGGGAAUUAAACAAAUGUUGUGUUCUUUUUUGAUAAGGUAGUUUUCUACCAGUCCUCCAACAUUCCCUUCAUGUUUCACUUGAAAUUAAAUCAGUGGCCAUGAGGGUGGGGAUGUUAACCUCCUCCCCCGCCCGGGGGGGGGGGGGGAGGGGAAAAAAAAAAUGGGGAUUUUGUUAAAACUUUUAUUUGUAAACUCCUUUUUGGCAAAUUUUAUCCAAUUAUAUCAACUAAUGUUGCCUCACCUUUGAUCCAUUAUAAUUGUGUACAAACUACUGUGUAAUCAGGCCCAGAUUAACCUUUAAGCGAUGUGCUUAGAACAUCAGGAAAAGGAAGACACAGAAAUGCAUUGAAAAAAAUCUAGACUUUAAAAAAAAAACUUCCAUAAAUAGCUAAUAUAAAUUAGAACAGUAAACAAAAAAAUAGGAAAAUAUUUUCCAUACUAAAUGAUGAGCCACAUAAUGUCACAUAAUGUCACCAUAUCAUCAUCGGAACAUGAAAUGUAUUUUCAGAUGAGUGAGAGGCUGAUUAACACUUUUCUAUUAAAAAUAAAAUUUCCACUAGUAUCUCUUCCAUUGCAGAAUGAUGCAAAACUCAGGUACUGUCAUGCUUAAAAAACAUGUCUCUGUAUCUUUAAUAUAUCAAACAUUUUCUCCCCAGACCCUUUCCCCCAACUUUCACUUGGGCGCCCUCGAUGUUUCAUAUCCAUCUCCACUCUGUUUGGACGGCUAGUUUUUCUAUCACUCCUCCAUCCCCUUUCCAAAAGUCCUGGCCAGUGAAUGUCCAGUAAUAUUCCUAGUUUUUGUUGAUAGGCGUAACGUCCUAAAGAUCAAUCUUGUGUGGUUUUUGCAAGGUCCUUGUGUGGUUUUUGCAAGGUCCUUGUGUGGUUUUUGCAAGGCCCUUCUCUUUGAGUUUGAUCCAAACCACCUAUGUGAUGAUGCUUUCUUUCCUUGCAGUUGUAUGUUCUUUGAACUGCAUACACGCAGAGGUACAGUUGAAAUUAUGUAGGUUGAUCUUUUUAUGUUAUUCAACCCCCGAAACAUUAAAAUAGUCAAAUCUUUUCCGAAACAUUUCUGAUAGGGUACGUUGCUGCAUCCAUGUACGGGCAUAUGUAGUCAUUAAUGAGAAUUCAUCAAACAAAAUGCCAAAUAAAAUAUCUUUUAAGCCUUAUGGUUCAGAUUAUUUUCACACUGCAUUGGCUUAGAACCAGUGGUGCAUGUCAUGUUAUUUUUAGAGUUCUUGUCUUGAACUGAAACUGUCUAGUGAGCUGUCAAAUUGUUUUAUUUAAAUUGAAAUUAAAAUUGCUAAAAAAAAUAUUUUUUUAAUUUUUUUUUUUUACAAUGAUUAAUAUUUAUCAUUUUGUUAUUAUUUCCAUCGAUGAAUACAUUCAGUGUUCUGGGACCAGCGGUUUCGUUAACAAUAUUUCAUAAGCCUACCCAUGUUUUCUUCUUUAAAAAUUAUUUUACAGAUCAAUUUUAGUAUUAUAAAAGUCAUGUUAGAUUGUACAAGAUCUACAUCCUUUCUCAUCUUUUCGUAUAAUGACAUUUUUUUUAGAAUAUUAUACAAUUGUGUAAUUAUAUUUUAGUGAACUUAGCCAAACAUGUAAAAUAUAACCAAUGCUAUUGAAAAUUUUAAGACUUUUUAAUAUGAAGAAAAUGUCAUUUUAAAUUCGUAACA